GAGUGCGCCGCGUGCAACCGGUUACAGGAAGAUGCUGGCUGUGUUUGUUCUGGGACUGACUCUGUCAGUGACAGCUGCCAAGGACAUUCUCAAUAUUUGUAUGAGUGCAAAACACCACAAGGAAAAGCCAGGAUUUGAGGGAAGUCUCUACAAACAGUGUGAACCUUGGAAGGAUAAUGCUUGUUGUAGAGCCAACACCACCUUAGAGGCACACAAUGACCAGUCCCAUCUCUACAACUUCAACUGGAAUCACUGUGGCAUGAUGACUGAAAAAUGCAAGAGGCACUUUAUCCAGGACACCUGCUUAUAUGAAUGCUCCCCGAACCUGGGUCCCUGGAUUGUGACGGUUGAUCAGUCUUGGAGGAAAGAACGUAUUAAGAACGUCCCAAUCUGCAAGACUGACUGUGAAGACUGGUGGAAAGACUGUCAGGAUGAUCACACGUGCAAGAGUAACUGGCACAAAGGAUGGGACUGGAGCACAGGGAUAAACCGGUGCCCGGAAGGAAGCACAUGCAAGAAGUUUAUUGAAUUUUUCCCAACCCCUCGGGACCUUUGUGAGAAGCUGUGGAGUUACUCAUAUGAAUUCACGGAACAUGAUCGCGGGAGUGGCAAGUGUAUUGCUAUGUGGUUCGACAUCUCUGGCUCCAGGCAGAACCCAAAUGUGGAGGUUGCACGGUACUAUGCCAUUCAGAAGGGUCUGAUUGCAUCCUCUUCGUCUGUUGAGCUGACUGUCCCACUGUUCCUGACUCUUCUGCUGCUCUCCGUCUUGUCUUAGCUUUCCCUGGCUGUAAGCAGAAAGGAGAGUGGACUGUUGAAGUACAUCUCUUGCAUUUUCCCGUCUGCAUUCACCGGCUCUGCCAUAUCUUGAUUUUAAAAAAGAAAUUCAUUUGCUUUCCUUGCUGAGCCAAUCCAUUGGCUAUGUCCGGGGGGGGGGGGUGAGAUUUGUCGGGGGAGAGGAGAUGUUGCACUUGUUAUCACUGUCAUUGUUAUGGGAAAGUGGCAAAAACGCAAAGAGCAUAUUUAUAUAGCACCUUUUGUAUAGCAACCUCAGGAUAUUCCAAAACACUUUAGAGCCAGUGGAUUGCUUGUAAACUGUUGUUCCCUGUUGCAAUACAGGGAAAGCUGGAAGCCAAUUUAUACACAUGAAGUUCCUGCAGACAUUUUCCAAUCAUCCUGUUCAGAGAUGUUAUGACACACCUCUGGAACAGGACUUCUGACUGGGGCCCUGGCUCAAAGGUAGGGAUACUCCCACAAAGCUCCUGCAGAUUCUUAACAAUUGGAUGGUAGUUCUCGGUCACAGUGAGUAGCACUUAAAUUUUAGUUAAAUUCCAUUUCUUGGUAUUGUGAAAUUUGAACCAGACCACUAGCCUGGACUUCGGGAUUAUUCGUUUAGUGACAUUACCAUCUGCUAUACAGAGCUCUUGCAAACAGCAAUGAGACAGCGACCAGAUAAUCUCAUUCCUAUGAUGUGAAUUGAGGGAUAAAUAUUGGCCUGAGAGUCUUUGGGUCCUCAGUUUAACAUCUCACCCCUAAAGAUGUCAUCCUGGUGUGAAUGACAGACAUACUGUUGUUUCCUGGCUAUUGCUGAGCCUCCAUUCUGUUCAUGGUUGGGAUGAAAAUUUAGAGCCUUGGUGCUGACCUUAAAAAGACUCUGAUGUAUAAACAGUUAAAUGUUCAUAAAUCAUUCACAGAGUGAGGGAAUGUGUCAUCAACAGUGCAAUCAGACAUUAUUUACUCAGCAAUAAACUACUGUACUCGGGGAUGCCCAGUUCAAGUUCUGGCAGGUUCACUCAGCUCCUGCCCUCAUACCAGCCUUGGUUCAAACGUAGACAAAAGAAGUGAAUUCGAGGUGAGGUGAGAGUGACAGCCCUUGACUCCUAAGCUGCUUUCCAAUAAGUGUGAUUAAGGUCAUCAGACAUGGGAGCAGAAAUGGAGGAAGGUGGGAGCCAAUGGCUGGACUCAUUUGGCACAAAUGAAGUUGUUUGUUGGAGGUCAGUUGUUUCAAUUCCAAGAACAGCAAUUUGUACUGUCAACAAGAUCCACUGUACAACUCGCCAAAGCUCCUUAGGCAGCACCUUCCAAAUGCAUGACCACACCCAUCUGGAAGCAUAAGGGCAGCAGAUACAUAGGAGCACCAUCACAUACAAGUUCCCCCCCAAGCCACUCACCAUCCUGACUUAGAAAUAUAUCACCAUUCCUUCAGUAUCACCUGGUCAGAAUCCUGGAAUUCCCUCAGGGCAUUGUGGGUAAGCCUACAACACAUGGACUACAGCAGUCCAAGAAUACAACUCAGCAUGAUUUCCUUGAGGGUAGUUAGGAAUGAGUAAUAAUGCUGGUACUUUGAGUUUGAAGUAUUCGUGUAGUGUAGUAGUGACUGUUCUUAAAAAGUGAUUCAUUCGAUGUAAAGUGCUUUGUGUGGUCCACAUAAACUGAUAAAAUAGGAGAGAAAUGCAUUUAUCUAUAAUCUCCUCCAGCUCUACAAUUGUCCAAGUUAUCUGCACUCCUCUGGUUCUAUCCUGUUAUACAUUCCUGAUUUUGGUCAGUUCACCAUUAGUGACUGUCUUCAGCUGCACUAAGUUCUAGGAGACCUUCCUAAACCACUCAGCCCCUAACCAUAUCUCCUUUACGACACACUGUAAAGCCAGCCUCUUUGCCAAAUCAUUUGCCCUCACAUUUCCUGAAAUGCGUUGAGGUCAAAUGUUUCAUAUUCCUGUUGAGUAUCAACAAACGGUUAAGUACGUUAAAGGCACUAUAAAAAUGCACAUCAAUAAACUGAUGCACUUAAUAUGGAUAUCUUCCAAUUAUCAGGCUUUUUAAUACAUAAAUUUUAAGUGUAAUUCCUUAUCCUUUGAGUAAUAACU